ACAAAGUGCUGAAGUUUAACUAUCUUCCAGCCGGGAUAGCUCCCUGUCCGCACGGUAUUUCAGAGGCUGAAGCACCGGCUGUCGCUGUAGGAUGGACUGAGCCUGGAAACCUUCAUGGGAGACCAUGAGUGCUGAUAUGAAAAAGCCUCCUGUAGCCCCCAAACCGAAGCUUGUUUUGGGUCAGAAACCUAGCCCACCACCACUUGCACCCAAACCAGAUUUAGUCUUAUUGAAUAUGGUCCAAGCAUGCAAGAAGUCAAAACCAGCAAUUGCUCCAAAGCCAAAGGUCGUUCAAGGCUCUAGUCUAGAAGAGAAACCACAGAGUUUAGUGAAACCCAGCAUUAAUAACUUUGAGGAACAUAAAGGAAACGGUUUUGGAAAUGUACCGUGCACAAAAGAAACGCCAAACGAUACUGUAAGUUCUGCUUACAUCAUUUCACCUUGUACAUGCACCUUUGAUUGCCAUCACAAGCUUGGGAAUGAGGAGCACUUACAUAGAACACAAAAAGUUUUAGAAAGGCAAGAAAAUUUAGAAAACAAAAAAAUGUGUGGGCAGCCACCUCCAUGUGUAAGAACAAGGCGGAAACAGGGCAGCCAACUGGUAAAGCUACCGAAAGGAAACCAAGUACUGUUGAAAGCCAGCAUUCUAGAAGACAAGGUUAGUAAUCUUUUAACACCCAGUGUUUUAUCUAAUGGCGGUAUUUACAAACACAAAAGCACUAAUAAGGACAUUAAGCCAUAUGGAAAUGGUAAAGGUAAAAUAGAUUCCAAAUGUUCUGAAGGAUAUUUUUCCACUACUGAUGGGUUUGCAUGUAAUCUUAACAAAGACCGCAAAUUAGACAUUGACGUGUCUCCCCCUCCUCUUGCUUAUGGAGGUUAUGUGUAUCAUUCAGACUCGGAAAAAAUGGACAGUGACAAACAACGAAAUGGCAAACUUUCGGAUACAAAUGAUAAUGAAGCAUUAGGUCCACCACAACGAGCUCCUCCGCCACAAAAAGUUCUUCCAGUGCCAAAACCAAGAAGAUCACGAACGCAGUGCUUGGUGCGGCAAGAUUGUAUAGAGCGCUCAACCGAAGGUACCGAUGAUCCUGUUACAUUAGAUGUUGGUUCACAAAGCCCUAGUAAACAUGGAAUAAAUGGCAUUCAUAGCUCCAAGACGCACAGGGAAUUUGAGAAGUGCAAUAGCAAUAUCUCAGAUUCAAAAGAAAUUUCCACUAUAAGUCAUACAAAUGAAAAUGGAGAUGUUUAUACGGAAUCAGUAAUACAUGACACGUUUAGUGAAAAUCCCAGUGAAUCUCUCAUGGAGGAAACGAAUAGCUUCAAAAGAUAUAGCUCGUUGUCAAUGAGCUUACCCAAGCAACUGAAAUUGAUGUAUGAGCAGUCGUUGCCUAUAAAGAAAAGUUGUGACGUUACUGCGGACAAAAUAAAUGCUGUAGCUGAAAAUUCUCCCAAGGUUGCUCCAAAGAAGCCACAAAGACACAGCUUAAUUGCGGCCACCUUGCUUAAAAAAGCUGCAUCAGAGGAGAACCUUCAUGACUGUAGUGAGAACGAGUCUCCACAAGGCAGUUCUGAAAGCACAUAUCAUAGACAUUUAUCAGCAAUCGGACAAUGUUUAUCUUCUUCACUAAAUAUUCCAAAGUCAUCUCUGGAAAAAGCAGCAUGGAAGUUGCCCCAUCCUAUUCUACCUCUUUCAGGGAGACCAGAGUCAUUAAAAGUGUCCUCAAGCAAUGAGAAUCUAAAUGCAAUCACCAAACCUAGGGCUAAGUCAUUAUCUUCUGUGGAUAUGGAGAGAAUAGACAAACCUGCAAAGGAUAGUACUAAAAAAAGCCCACUGAGGAAGCUUCUCAACAUGAAGUUGUCCGUGUGUAUAAUAAAAAGUGACUUUCAGAAAUUUUUGUCUCGUGGCUGUCACUCCUCGGACAGCACUAGGUGUGAUGUCCUUUCUUAUAAGGAAACCCCAGCAUCGCCUGCAUUGGAUAGGAAGGCAAAGGCACAUUCCGCUGAUUGUUACAGUCCUUCUUCAGCAAAGAAAUGGCAGAUACAUAGGAAUGAUAGCAAUGUACUGAAUAAUCAUGUGGCACAGUCUGAAGAUCAGGAACUUCUUAACAGGAAUAAACCUGUACAGACACCCACAAUAGAUCUGUCAUACCAUGAUCUCCCAGCGUAUGAAAACAUUUGUCACUACGAAGAAAUCCCUGAAUAUGAAAAUUUACCCCACACUUUGGUUUUGGAUGAAAGUGAUGCAACAAUCUAUGAGGUAGAGGAUCCGGCUGAAGCUACUAUUGCAUUGCAUUCACAUAUAUACCACAGAGAGUCUUACCAAGAGGACCCCGAAGAUGAGCUGGGCAUUGUUCACUCUGACGAUGAAGACAUAAGUAACAGCUCAGAGGAAGAUGAGUUUAGCUCGGACUCCAGCAAGGGAGAGGUUGAUCACCCUGAAUACAAACCGAAGAAGAAACGAACGAAACGAAAAUCAAAGGUUUAUCACAUUGCCAAGGAAAUCAUGACCUCAGAGAAAGUGUUUGUUGAUGUCCUAAAGUUGUUGCACGUUGAUUUCCGCAAUGCUGUAGCUCAGGCCUCUAGACAUCUUGGGAAGUCGGUGAUUGAGGAGAAGAUCCUGAACCAGAUCCUCUAUUAUCUGCCCCAACUCUAUGAGCUCAACAGAGAUGUCCUGCGGGAGCUGGAAGAGAGAAUGUCUCAGUGGAGUGAACAUCAGAAAAUUGCUGACAUCUUUGUGAAAAAAGGCCCUUACCUUAAAAUGUAUUCUACGUACAUCCGAGAAUUUGAUCGGAACAUGUCCUUGCUUGAUGAGCAGUGCAGAAAGAACCCUGUGUUUGCCGGGAUUGUUAGAGAUUUUGAGAUGACUCCACGCUCGGCUAACUUGGCCCUGAAGCAUUAUUUACUGAAGCCUGUUCAAAGGAUUCCUCAGUACCGAUUGCUUUUAACAGAUUAUCUCAAGAACCUUUCGGAAGAUUCAUCAGACUACAGUGAUACACAGGCUGCCCUCACUGUUGUAAUUGAAGUGGCUAAUCACGCCAAUGACAUAUUAAAACAAGGGGAUAACUUCCAGAAGCUCAUGCAGAUCCAGUACAGCCUAAAUGGCCACCAUGAGAUAGUUCAGCCAGGAAGGGUCUUUUUGAAAGAGGGGACUUUGAUGAAACUGUCCAGGAAGGUUAUGCAGCCGCGAAUGUUUUUCCUGUUCAAUGAUGCUCUAUUAUAUACUACACCUGUACAGUCAGGAAUGUACAAACUUAACAACAUGCUCUCCCUAGCAGGAAUGAAGGUCAGAAAACCAACGCAAGAGGCUUAUCAGAAUGAGCUGAAUAUAGAGAGUGUGGAGAGAUCCUUCAUUCUAUCUGCCAGCUCAGCUACUGAGAGGGACGAUUGGCUUGAUGCAAUUUCUGAGGCAAUUGAAGAGUAUGCUAAGAAGAAGAUCACUUUCAAUCCAGCUAAAAGUCUGGAAGAGGCUGAUCCUGAGGAAAAUAGUGACUGUGUUCUUGGCUCAAAGGCACCGAUCUGGAUCCCUGAUGGCAGAGUCACUAUGUGCAUGAUCUGUACCAGUGAAUUCACGCUGACCUGGAGGAGACAUCAUUGCAGAGCUUGUGGAAAGAUUAUAUGUCAAGCGUGUUCAGCAAAUAAGCACAGCCUGGAAUAUAUGAAGAAACAUCUAGCGCGGGUGUGCGACCACUGCUUUCAGGAACUUCAAAAACAAGACAAUCUAUCUGCUCCCAAGACAGCUUCACCUGCCAAUCACAAAUCCCCGUCUAGUGCCUUGUCUUCUGUCCUUCAUAGCAUUCCAUCUGGGAGAAAGCAGAAGAAAAUCCCAGCAGCCCUCAAAGUCUCUGCCAGUACAGAAGACUCUUCCAUGAGUGGUUAUUUACACAGAUCAAAGGGCAGCAAGAAGCCAUGGAAACAGCUGUGGUUUGUGAUCAAGAACAAGGUGCUGUAUACAUAUGCAGCUAGCGAGGACAUUGCAGCACUGGAGAGCCAGCCAUUGUUGGGUUUCACCAUCAAGGUUGUAAAAGAUGAGACUUCUGAAUGCAACGUUAUUCAUCUACUGCACAAAAACACUUUAUUUUAUGUUUUUAAAGCUGAUGAUGCCCACACUACACAAAGGUGGAUAGAAGCAUUCCAGGAGGGGACAGUGUUGUAAUGAUGUCUGGUCUGCGCUUGCCAUUAUAUAGAUGAGAAUGAACAAAUCAAACAAGAUUUCCCGAUCUCCACUGUGUCAUGUUUUGUUACCUUGUAAAGUAGUUUGAAUAUUUUUUGUUUCUGUACAUAUUAUUUAUUGAAUUUCAGGUGUUUAUUGGUUUAAUUUGUUUCAAGAGCUCACAAGGAAACAUGGUGCCUUUUAUUGUUUGUAAAUAUAGUUUUACCAGCACCAUGCAAACUGAAAUGUUUUAUUUUGUCAAUAUAUUUACAUAAAACCUGAGUACUAAGUGGUUGUUUUCUUUGGUCUAUUUAUAUACACACGAAUUUGGUAUCUGUACUCAAAUUUUGCUAAAGCAUAUGGAUUA